AUGCAGUUGGCUGUUACUAUAUGGAUUCUUUUAAGCAUCAGCUAUGUGGUUGUAGGAAAACUUUCACCUGAUUGCCAAGUUAUAAAGGACCACUGUUCAGGUUGUCUUCUUAAGCUUAACGAUAGCUACAACAACUUGGAGGUUGUUAACAAUGGAUGCAGGCAGAAGUUGCAAGAUAGUUAUGUAUGGGAGGAUCAGAAUCUUUGCGAUAUGCUAGUGAUCGCUUGUGAGGCUGGAAAUAGGAAGAAGGAUUGCCUAACAAUCGCGGAGGUGACUAAGAUGCACAGGAUAAAAGAACUUUAA